GCCACAUCUGUCUUUCUCCUCCUCUCUUUUAUUGUCAGUUCUGGUUUGCCCAUCUUUGCGUGUACAUCAAGGUUUUCUUUCUGAUGCUUCAGGAUGAACACAACAGGCUACACAGAAGUUAUCACAACCACAUUUGACGAUGUGUCCCAGAGCAAACCUAAUCUCAGAGCAGUCAAAAACCCCUCACAUAACACAGCAUCUCGACCUGAUUGGUUACUCUACACAGUUCCUGCAUCAGCUUUUCUGAUUGGGAUUGUUCUGUUCACGUACAUCUGCAAAACACAACGCCGAAGGAACAUGCCCACAAAGCAGAGGACAAACACAAAUGGACACUUUACCACGUACACCGACUUUGGGUACAUUGAGAGCGGUACUCAGAGUUAUAUGGAGAGCGCUGAAAACAAAAAGAAAGAUGAGACUCAGUCAUAUGAGAAUGUAGAAGCAGCUAUCUACAGCAAUCAAGACAAAGUCACAUACUAUGUUUCUGCAGAUGAAGAUUAUCUUAACCCGGAUGCCAUUGGGGAAGGGGAAGUGGCGGGGCCACAGGAACAUCACAACACCCUACAACUGCCUAGCAAUUUGACAGAUACUGAUGGAGAGUCGUAUGAGAACAUGGAGGAGUGUUUAUAUGCUCAACCUCGCAAACAGACACAGAAACUCCGGCACGCCACUGAAGACGAGGACUACAUCAAUCCCGAUGAAGAUGGAAAACAAGAUCUUGCUCUGGACCACACAGACACUGAGUCGUAUGAAAUGAUGACCGGGCCAGACUGUCUAUAUAACAACAAAGACUUCACAGCACCCCAUGACACCACGGAGGAUGAUUCAUAUGAGCAGAUGAAUGGAAUCCCAGUCUCGUUCCAGACAGAGAUGGAUGGAGGAAGACAGUGUGAAUGAAGGAGAUGCAGAGAAAUGGACAACUGCAGUCAAAUUGUAAUUAAAAGAGAGAAACUGAGACAAUUUAAACCUUUGAGAGCAGCUACUGGAUAAUAGCUAUAUAAUUGUAUAGGCUACAUCAAAAACAACCUUGAACUUGAAAUCAAAAUGGAUCAUUUACUUGCUUCAUUGUCAUUUAGGGCACAAUUCAUCACUGCAAAAAACAAUGACACAACCCACGUUUCACUAUCCAAUCAAAUCCUGAAUUUCACUCGAAAUGUCGCAUGGCAGAUUUGAUUGAUUGAUUUUAAAAGGCUAAUUUCCUCUAGCACAUUUUUAAUUUUUAAUUUUUUUUUUACCUUGAAAUAUCAGAAUCAACAUCUUUCAGCCUUCUUUUUCUUUCCUUUGCCUCCCUGAAGCGUCUGUUCCGGGUGUUUGUAAGUUUGGAGAGCGGGUACGAAUUUCCGCGAAACGGGCGGACUGCUUUACGGCAGCAACAAAUGCACGUGUUCAGCCAAAGAUGGUCUGUAAUUACUACAGUGGUAUGUUUGCAACAGUUUCUGCGUCCCUAUUCGCAUACUAUCUGUCCUAAAUAGCAUUCGAAAAUAGAAGUAGUAUGUUUUAUCUGGUGCGAUCCGGGUGGAGAAAAAUCUUUAGGCUAUAUUGUAUUUAGAGACAAAUAUCACAAAAAUGUCAAGAAAUGUCCUGGUCAUAUCUUACUUGCAACAUUUAAAAUCAUUAUUUAAAAGUAUUAUUUCUCCAUAAUUAAUGCAAUUAUUUGAAUAGUAAAAUAUCAAAUUACAUCACAGUAGUAAUUUUUUUUUUAAUGCAAUUUUGCUUGUUUGAAGUCUCCAUUUUAAUAUAUGACCAUGACGUUUCUUUGUGAAAUUCACCAUCUGGGUUGCAAUUGUCAAGAACUUCCUGAAGAUUCCUGUUUAUUGCUGUAAUAAUAUUGUAAUAACAUGUAAGUAAAUGUCACAAUAAAGACCUCUUGAAUGAG